AUGAAGAUCAUUGAGACCGACAAGCUACAGUGCUUUACACAUAAUGCGGAGCCCGUGAAGCAGCUGAAGGUGGUUUUCCGCCGCCUCCCGCUGAAAAUGGAACCCUCGCACCUCAAAGAAGAACUGGCGGGGCUGGGCUACAUGGCCAGCUCCGUGACCAUCAUGAAAUCGCCCAGGACGAGGCGACACAUGCCUCUUUUCCUAGUUGUCCUCCCAGACAACUUCGAAAACCGAAAAAUCUUCCAGCUGCAGAUGGUGGCCCGAAUUGGGGUGGAAGUGGAGCCGCUCAAGGCCAAGGGGAGGCGCGCCCAGUGCUUCUCCUGCCAGGGCCUUGACCACGUGCACGCACGCACGCAUACUGGAGAAAAGCCGUUCCAGUGCGCCGAAUGCGGUAAAGCAUUCACCCAGGUGCGCAACUACAAGUACCACGUGUCGGUGCACGCGGGAACGCAAGAGUUCGCGGCGGUGUGUCCAGAGUGCGGCAAGGUGUUCAACAACGGCGGCUACCUCAGCUCACACAUGAAGAUCCACCGCAACCGGAAAGAGUAUGCGUGCGCAGAAUGCGGGCGGCGCUUCAACCAGCGCGUCACCUGCAACACGCACAUGCGCACACACACAGGACUGCGACCUCAUGUCUGCACACUAUGUGACAAGGCCUUCACGCGCAAGACGCUGCUCAUCCAGCACAUGCGCACGCACACCGGUGAGAAGCCAUUUACCUGUGAGGUGUGCGGGAAGCGGUUCGCGGACCGCAGCAACAUGGUUCUCCAUCAGCGCCUGCACUCGGGCAUCAGGCCGUACAGCUGCGGCGAGUGCGGCAAGGCUUUCACCAAGAAGCACCACCUCAAGGCGCACAUGUCCUGCCACACGGGGCUGCGGCCCUACGCCUGCGACCUCUGCGGCGCUCGCUUCAGCCAGUCCGGCAACAUGCGCACGCACCGCAAGAAGUGCACCGCGCCGCGGCCUUCCGGCGGUGGUGGCGGCGUCGAGGGCGACGCGGGCGGAGGGGGUGGUGAACUCGGGGUCAAAGCGGCGGGCACCGGCGUCAUCAUGCGCGUGUCCGGCGAGCUGGUGCAGCACGUGUUGCAACGCCCCGACGAUGCUGCUGCCGCCAGCGACUGA